UCCACAUAUAUACAUACAUAUAGGUAUUAAAAUUUAUUAUGCGUACUGUAUGCGGUAAUCUCCAUUGUAAUUGACACGUUUUUUUUUUACAAAUUGUGAGAAUUUUUCUAUUUUAUCCGCUAGAAAUAUUUUCGAUUAUCUUUAGUGUUAAACGAACGUUCAAAGUGUGUAGUAUUGUUCCUGAUAGUUUACGUGGAAUUUUAAUAAAGACAUGGCUCUAGCACCGGAUACGGAUUCUGAAGACGAAUUGCCUCCAGCUUGGGAAGAGCGGGCCACAAACGAUGGAUAUGUUUAUUAUGUUAACCAUCACAGCAAAAGUACGCAGUGGAGUCAUCCUCGAACGGGAAAAAUCAAGAAGGUAGCUGGUGAGUUGCCAAUGGGGUGGGAAAGGAAGAUCGAAGAGGCGACUGGAAAAGUCAUCUUCAUUGAUCACAACAACAAAACAACCACAUACAUUGAUCCCCGAUUGGCAUUUGCCGUUGAAGAAGUAGCACCAAGUGUAAGCGAAAUUCGGCAGCGCUUUGAUGGCUCAAGUACUGCCCUGCAGAUCCUCCAUGGACGUGAUCUCUCUGGGAAGUUAGCCAUCAUAACAGGGUGCAAUGUGGGUAUUGGAUAUGAGACUGCAAAAUCUCUUGCAUUUCACGGGUGCACCGUCAUUAUGGCGAAUCGCAAUGAAAAGGCAACUGAGGAAGCAAUUGCAAAGAUCGGCCAGGAGCGUCCACAUGCUGCGAAGCUCAUGCACUUCCGCCCAUUGGAUCUGUGCAGCCUCAAGUCAUGCGAGAAUUUUGUCAAAAUGAUUAAAGUUGAAUUCAAGCACAUCGACUAUCUGGUCCUUAAUGCAGGAGUCAUGGGGACGGCACAUACCCUCACACAAGAUGGCCUAGAGAUGACCUUUCAAGUUAACCAUCUUUCGCAUUUCCAUCUUACACUCCUCCUCAGCGACCUUCUUGAUCAUACAUCGCGUGUCGUUGUCCUGUCUUCGGAAUCACACAGAUUCUCCAACCUUAAGCUCGAUGGGUUGUCUGAGCACAAUCUCUCGGUUUCGGAAUCAAAGUAUAGCUCCAUGAUGGCCUACAACAAUUCCAAGCUUUGCAACGUCCUCUUCGCGCGGGAAUUGGGGAAACGCUGGCAAAACCGGGGGAUUUCUGUGUUUGUCUGUCAUCCCGGAAACUUGGUCUCAACUAGCCUCUCCCGACACUGGUGGCUCUUUCGACUUUUCUUUGCCAUUGUACGACCAUUCACAAAGUCACUGCAACAAGCAGCCAGUACGACGAUAUUUUGCCUUGUGGCACCAGAGUUGACGGGGCUUACAGGAAUUUACUUCAACAAUUGCUUUUUCUGCGAACCCAGCCAAUUAUCACAGAACGACCAAAUGUCGGAAAAGGUGUGGGAACUCAGUGAGAAAAUGAUUGAACAAAUUAUCCAUCAAAAUCAAUAGUCAGUCAGCCUCUUUUGUACCUACAUGUAAAACGUGGUUGGGAAAAAUAAAUAAUUUUCUUACAGAAAAAAA